GUCAUAGGAAAAGAAGGAGGAGGAGCACAGACAGACUAAAAGCAUGAUGAUCCUGGGCUCCAGGAUCUAAAACACACCCGUGAAGAGAUAAAGAGGCUACAGCAGAGCAAAGUGGUUUAUUAUCAGCAAACCAAAUCCUUUCCGACUUUUUAAAAUCACCAGGGCGCAGCGCGGCCGCAUUGGACGCUCUACUUUUUGUUGUUGUUUUUGUUGUUGUUGUUAUUGACUGAAUCAGGGCGGGCGAUUCAGUCAUCAGUUCCGUGUGUAUCUGUAGGUUUUUUUUGCUGUAUUAAAGCUGUAAUAAGCGAAGAGAUGGCGUGUGUGAGUGGUUUGGUGGCCACCGUGGUGCUGCUGAUUCUCUGCCGUGUGGAGGAAAUAGCAGAAGCGUGCAGCUGCUCCCCUGUGCAUCCUCAACAGGCGUUCUGUAAUGCCGACAUCGUAAUCAGAGCAAAAGUGGUAGGAGGAAAAGAGGUCACUGCUGGAAAUGAUAUUUAUGGCAACCCUAUCAAGAGGAUCCAGUAUGACAUCAAGCAGAUUAAGAUGUUCAAAGGACCAGACCAGCACAUUGACAUGAUCUUUACUGCACCUUCUUCAGCUGUGUGUGGGGUAACCAUGGACACCAAUGGAAAGAAGGAGUACCUCAUCUCAGGAAAGGCAGAUGGCAGUGGGAAGAUGCAUGUGACUCUGUGUGAUCUCAUCAUGCCCUGGGAGUCCACGAGUGCCACCCAGAAGAAGAGUCUGAGCCAGCGUUACCAGAUGGGCUGCGACUGCAAGAUUGCCCGCUGUGCGGCCUUCCCCUGUGAGAUCAGCAGCCCUGAGGAGUGCUUGUGGACAGACUGGGUGACGGAGAAGCUCAUUCAUGGACGCCAGUCUGAACACUACUCCUGCAUCAAGAGAGGAGAUGGUUCAUGUGCUUGGUACCGUGGAAGUGCUCCACCAAAGAAGGAGUUCCUGGACAACGAGGACCCAUAAUAAAUUCCUCUCUAGACAGUGCAAUCAAGUUCUUUAAAUAACAUAUAUUAAAGAUGCAACAUAAGUCAGACAAUAACUGCACCAAACAAAAAAAAUUAGAUUAGCUUUACAGUUUAAAUAGAUAUCAGAAUAUAGGUCAGUGCAACUGCUCAAAAAGCUUGUACUCUGUGUCAUCACCAUUACAUGAUGGACAAUCCUAAUUUAUGAACAUUUUCUGCCCACAAAUGCGCUUAAUAAUGACCGAAAAGUGACCGAAAUGGCCUCUCAGUCUGCAAACAUUUGCAGACUCACAGCUCAUUUCAUGUGUUUCAUUUAUUGGUUGUUUUUUCUCUUAAAUAAAGAGACAAUAUAAGCAUCACUCUUGCAAAUGUAGUUUCCCAGAGCUAUGCUAAUUGGUCGAGUCAAAUACAUGGUGAGGCAGGACUUCCCAGAGAGUUAAAUCAUUGACUGAGAUCAAAUGAAGAGCAUUAAUACUGACAUGCAUGGAUUGUUAGAAGUAGAUAAUUAGAGACCAAAGUCAUUCCACGUUGAUUUGUGAGGGACAAAGAAGCUUAGUUUGCUGCUGACCAAAUUUUCAGAAUGUUAGUGCAUGGGGACAAGUUGUUUCUCAGAAUCCUCCUUACUUGCAUUGUUUUGCUUUUAACCACAAAACCUGAGCGUCCCUGUUAGGGAGAAGAAAGGAGUGAUGAGGCAAUACCAUAUAAUCAGUUUGACACUGCUUGUCUCAAUAUUAUAUUAUUAGUUUCUUUCUGACUUGGAACAUGGUAUUGUGUAACAGAAAGAAGUCAAUUUACCUGGUGUCUACAUUUUUUUUGUUAUUUACUUGUUGGAUAUUUACUGAUUCUGUCUAUCCCCUUUAUCAUUCUUUCCCUUGCAACAUGUAUACCUUUCUCUUGUCUGUGCUAUGUUUUUAUAAUGUUAGAUAUCUGCUUUUUUACAAAUAAUUUCUCUGAAAUCACUCUUGAUCCUUAUUGAAACUUUUUAUUGCACUUUGUAGAAACUGCUACAAAACUGAAUCCUCUUUUCAGGUUUUGCUAAGUCUUUUUGCUGUUACUAGAAUGCCAUUUAAUGCCUUUUAUGCUUAUUUGCAAAUGACUUUGUGAUGUUCCCGUAGGAAUCAGUAAGAUACUGAGGUUCCAUUAACAAAUGCGUGAUAGGAAUUUUUCUAGCCUUGGACUGUAGUGUGCCAUCAGAGUCUCUGCAGAUGUGUUAGUUGAUGUGCCGCUAUGACAUUUUAAUGAUGGAGAGCUAUGUGAGACUUUAGUUGCCAUGGUAAUGGGCAGAAGGUUAAAACCCCAGUUUUGCCCUUCAGUUAUCAGACUGAUUAAAUUAAUUUGAAUAACAAACAUGUUCUUCUGCAUUAGGGGAGAAGGAAGGUUUCUCGGUUCCUCUCUAAACACAGUUUAUUGGUUGUCUUGAGAGUAAGGCACAGUGAAUUAUGUUUUUGUAACCGUUCUGUGAUUGGGCACUGCUAAGUCAUGUGACAGACAGAGCAAGGUGUGAGGGUAGUAGUUGCUAGGCAUUUUGACAGGGUGAACUAUAGCACAAUGAGAGAGACUGAGAGAGAGAGGGAGGGAGGAGGACCACUGUGGAAUAGAAGAGAACAAUCAUUUCUUUUUUCAGUGGGUUGAGAUGAUUGACGCUUUAAUGCUUAUGCUAUGUUUUGUAUUUGUUUAAAGGUACUAAAGCUGUAUAAAAUUAACACAAUGGUCUGCCAAAUACAAGCAAGCUUUCAGAGGGUUGUUGUUAAAAGUGAUGCCUAUUCUAGUUUAGCCAGCUACUUUUUUUUUUUUUUUAAUUAUUAUUAUUAUUAUUUGUUAAGGCUGACAGUGUUGGAGAAACAGUGUUGUGGAGAAGCUUUGCUUUAAAUUAAAAUAAAAUUAAAAAAAAGCUUUAUCACUUAUUUUUUCUUCUGACCAUUUUAUAACUUGCCAUGAACAUGCUUGACCACCUGGAAAUACUUACAUCAAUCUAAUGUAAGGAUAGUGUUGGUAGUGUUUAAUAUACAUCAUGCUAUAUCUAUGUUACGGCUUUGUGUUAAAUGUAAUGAAAUAUAAACGGCAUAAUUUAAAUGUUUGUUGUUUCUAUAUUUUUUUCCUUGUCAUUACCUUAAUUUUAUAUGAUGCUAUUUUUUACAAGUCUUUGUCUUUUCCUUUAAAGAUUUGCUGAAAGUACAGUAAUGCAGGACCUCUUGUGUGUUAACCACAUGAGAGAGCAGUCGUAUGAUGAGAACCAGACUAUGCAUGUCUUUGAUGCUUUGUGUAAUUUCCUACGUGGAUGUUCACUUGUUGGGCAAAUUUACAGUAUUAGCAAAAAAAAUAAAACUGUUAAAGGACA